AUGGGUGAAGAAAAGCUAACCAAGAAACAGAAAAAGGCCUUGGAGUUUAGAAAAUCCAAAGAGGAGAGGGAAAUAUCCAAGAAAGAGAAGGCUGAGAAGUUGGAACAAGAAGCAAAGCUGAAAGCUGAAAAAGAGGAAGAAGAAGCCAAAAGGAAAGCCGAUGCACCCAAGAAAAAGAGGAAAACCAGAAGAGGGAAAGGUGGAAAGAUAUCAGGACCAAGGUUCAUUCUGUUUGUGGGUAAUCUGAGUUUCAAGUGCACAGAGGAAGAUUUGAAAAAUCAUUUUAAGAAUUGCUCACCUGAUACUAUUAGACCUCGUCUAGAUAAAGGAUUUGCGUUCCUGGAAUUCAAACAGGACGAUGUCAAUGUGAGAAAGAGAAUGGACAUAGCCAUUUCAAUGCAUCACACAGUGUUGAACGACAGAAAAAUCAAUGUAGAGCUUACCGCUGGAGGUGGAGGAAACUCUACCACAAGAUUGGAAAAAAUAAAAGGUAAGAAUGACAAACUAUUACAGGAAAGAAAGGACAAAAUCAAAAAGAAACUGGCCACGGAUAUGGCAAAGGCCAAGGAGAAGGAAGAAGGAUCCAAGGACACGGUAAAGGUUGUUGGUAUACAUCCAGACAGAGCCAAACUAAUUCAACAGUAA